CGCCGCUCCCAGGCUGGUGGUGAGCACUUGCAGAGGCAGCGUUCACCGUGCCAGCACUGGAGGAUGAGGCCGGUGGGCUGCACAAGCACCUUUUCUUUGCCCUGACUUCCAAAAAGCCCCGAAACAAACGCCAGGAGCCGGGAGCCACAGAGAGGCUGCGGGGACAGCAGACGACGUCCCACGGGGCGUUUUGCACCUCGUGGCACACAGGCUGUUGUCUUGUGUGCUUAUCUGGAGAUGGGAAGUAUUGAUCUCAGGGAUAGGUCUGUGAUUGAGCUGGGAGCCGGAACUGGAUUGCUGGGAAUAGUGGCCACAUUGUUAGGUGCUCGUGUUACCAUCACAGACAGGGCGGCAGCACUGGAAUUCCUGGAGUCAAACGUGCAGGCUAACCUACCUUCUGAACUACGUCCCAGAGCUGUGGUGAAGGAACUGACUUGGGGAAAAGACCUGGGUAACUUCCCUCCAGGCGCAUUUGACUUCAUCCUGGGUGCAGACAUUGUUUAUCUGGAAGAAACUUUUGCAGAACUGCUGCAGACGCUGGAGCACCUGUGCUCAGAGCAAACUGUCAUUCUUCUUUCCUGUCGCAUCCGCUAUGAACGGGAUCACAAAUUCUUGAAGAUGCUGAGAGGCCGUUUCUCUGUAUAUGAGGUCCACUAUGAUUCCAGUAAGGAUGUUCAUAUCUACAAAGCACAGAGGGGUAGUCACAAGGAUGACUUUUGACUCUGUGCUUUGUUAGUAAAUGCUGUUCAAUCCUCCCCUUGUUUCUACUCUCAAUACACUUGUUCCUAAG